GAUAAGAAAGGUGGGACAUCACAGGACCGAUGACCCCGUACAUGUUGUGAUGUUUUUCCCUCCUCAACGCUAACGCCGUUAGAGGGACCGACGAAAGGGGAGAUCCCUCGCUGUCUUCUUUGUCUGAUGUGGCGUCUGACAGGGCAGCCGUCAAUCACAUCCACUCGAUCAUAUUCGGUAUUUGCAGACCGUGACUCUUGUGGUGCUGAAAAUAUUUGGAAUCAUGUUUCGCACGGCAGCCCUGAUCACCUUUCUGACUUGUGUGGUGCCGUCAGAGGCCCAACAUCAGCCGGGCUACUGCGUUUUCUACGAGGAGUGUGGUCGUAACCCGUCCGUGGGAGGGUCUCUGCUUCCACCUACCGUCCCGUGCUUGGACUACAGCCGUGCCCGGGCCCUCUCAGGAGAACACUACAAGAAACUCAAACAGGUGUGUCCCAUCUUGGACCGCGGAGAGAACAACACUUACGCCUGCUGCUCCAUCAAGCAGCUGACGUCCCUGGAUUUGAGUCUGGGCCUGUCCAAGGCGGUGCUGGUCCGUUGCCCUUCGUGCGCUGAGAACUUUGCCCACCUGCAUUGCAUCAACACCUGCAGCCCCGACCAGAGCCAGACAGUAAAAGUCACAAAGGUUUUGAACGUCACUAGCCAGGGCGUGACGAGGGAGGCGGUGGUGGCUUACCAGGCCUUCCUGAGCACCACCUUUGCAGACGGCGCCUUCCAGUCGUGCAAAAAUGUUAGGAUCCCCGCCACGGGAGGCUUUGCCAUCGCCACCAUGUGUGGUCGCUAUGGCGCCAAGUUGUGCAACGCCCAGCGCUGGUAUGACUUCCAGGGAGACUCCAGCAACGGCCUGGCUCCACUGGACAUCGACUUCCAGCUAAUAAAAGAGGGACAGACCGAGGGGCUUCCCGCAGGCGUGAUUCCCUACAGCGGCCGUGCUCUGAGGUGUAACGAGACCACACCAUCUGGAGGCCAGCUCUGCUCCUGCCAGGACUGCCAAGAGUCAUGCCCCAAGAUGCCACCUCCCGCACUGCCGCCGGGGCCCUUCCUGCUGUUCGGGAUGGACGGAUUCCUCGUGAUUUCUAUCAUCUUAUUCUGUCUCCUGAUGUUUGCGUUUCUUUUCUACCUGAUUGUGUCCUGCCUGGUGAGGUCUUUUUCUAAAAAGAGGGAUGAAAAAAGAGGAAAAGGAAAAGGCACAGACCAGAACCGUAACGAUGUGACUCAGCAAGUCAUCGAUCCGUCGGAGGUGACUUGUGCUGAAAGGAACAGCAUGGCGGCUCAAGCUUUCUUGAGCAAAGAGUUUUCCCAUUGGGGAACCCUCAUGGCCACCUAUCCUCUCACGGUGCUCCUGCUGUCGGCUGUAGUCGUGGCCGUUUUCACUGCUGGCCUCAAGUCCAUUGAGCUGACCACUGACCCAGUGGAGCUGUGGUCUGCUCCGGACAGCCGCGCCCGCCAGGAGAAAGAUUUCCACGACACACACUUUGACCCUUUCUUCAGGACCAACCAGCUGAUCUUGACAGCGCCGGGCAGGAAAGGUCACAUUUACGACUCGUUGCUGUUUGGAGUGCAGAACUUCAGCGGGAUUGUAUCUAAAGAUCUAAUCAUGGAGCUCCUGAUGCUGCAGACAGAAAUACAGAACAUCGAGUUCUGGUCGGAGGAUCUGAACCGCACAGCGAGUCUGAAGGAUGUAUGUUUCGCACCUCUCAACCCAUCCAACCCCAGCCUGGUGGACUGUGCAGUCAACAGCCUGCCGCAGUACUUCCAAAACAGCGUGGACAACAUCAACGCUAAAGUGAACAUGACGGAGCUGGGAGUGACCAAAGAAGUGGACUGGAGAGACCACUUAAUCUACUGCCUCAACUCCCCCCUGUCCUUCCAAGACAUCACAGAUUUACGUAUGAGCUGCAUGGCGGAUUACGGCGCACCAGUUUUCUCCUUUCUGGCGGUGGGAGGCUAUACGGAUGACGACUACACCAAUGCUGAGGCUUUAAUCAUGACCUUCUCCCUCAACAACUACGCUCGGGACAACCCCAAGUACAGAGUGGCCAUGCAGUGGGAGACAGAGUUUCUAAAAAUAGUCCAGGCCUACCAGAAAAACCCUGCCACUAACUUCACCUUUGCGUACAUGGCAGAGAGGUCUUUGGAGGAUGAGAUUAAUCGUACCACGGCAGAAGAUAUCCCCAUCUUCAUGAUCAGCUAUGCAGUAAUCUUUGUUUACAUUUCUGUGGCACUCGGAGAGUACUCUUCAUGGAAACGCAUACUGGUGGACUCCAAGUUUCUGGUGGGUCUGGGUGGGAUACUGGUGGUCGGCUGUUCUGUCCUGGCCUCUAUGGGCUUCUACUCCUGGAUCGGCAUCCCGUCCUCGCUGGUCAUUCUGCAGGUCGUGCCUUUCCUGGUGCUCGCUGUUGGAGCUGACAACAUCUUCAUCUUUGUUCUGGAGUACCAGAGAGAUGUGCGUCGCCCCCAAGAGAAGAGAGAGCAGCAGAUCGGUCGCAUCCUUGGCAACGUGGCUCCCAGCAUGCUCCUGUGCAGUCUCUCAGAGUCUGUCUGCUUCUUUCUAGGGGCCUUGUCCACCAUGCCAGCAGUGAAGACCUUUGCUCUGUACGCUGCUCUGGCCGUGCUCAUGGACUUCAUACUCCAGAUGACAGCCUUUGUGGCGCUGCUGUCGCUGGACACCCGGCGCCAGGACAACAACCGCUGUGAGCUGCUCUGCUGUGUCUCGGUGUCAACCGAGCGUCCCCACAAGGCCAACGAGGGCUUCCUGCUGCCCUUGAUGAGGAAAUACUACGCCCCCGUCCUGCUGCAGGGCUACACCAGGAUAAUAGUGAUGGUGGUUUUCAUGUUCAUGUUCUGUGGAUCCCUGUUUCUCAUGUUUAAUGUGACGGUGGGUUUGGAUCAGGAGCUGGCGAUGCCUCAGGGUUCUUAUAUGCUGGACUAUUUCCAGUACCUGUACAAAUACUUUGAGGUUGGAGUCCCUGUUUAUUUUGUGACGAAAAAGGGCUUCAACUUCACCACUGUGGAAGGCAUGAACGCAGUCUGCUCGAGCGUGGGCUGCGAUCAGUUCUCACUUACUCAAAAGAUCCAGUACGCCACCAACCACCCAGAAUUAUCCUACAUAGCUAUUCCUGCCAACUCCUGGGUAGAUGAUUUCAUUGAUUGGCUGAACCCUGGAUCCAGAUGUUGUCGCCUGUAUGCAUUAGGUCCAAAUGCUGGAAAGUUCUGUCCUGCAAGCGAACCUCCCCUCGUUUGUUUAUCAAAGUGUAUGAAGAUUCCUACAGACGGCGUACUCAGGCCCGAAGUGGAAGAAUUCAACCGCUUCCUUCCUGACUUCCUGGGUAACAGGCCGGACCUGCAGUGCCCCAAAGGUGGUCUUGGAGCCUAUGACAAAGCGGUGGUGAGAGAUAAGAGUGGCGAAAUUAUAGCCACUCGAUUCAUGGCUUACCACGUACCUCUGACCAACUCUCAGGAGUUCACUGCCGCUCUGCUGAGGACCAGAGAGCUGGCGCACAACAUCACAAUGGGCAUGAGGAAGAUACCGGGCACCUCCCCGGACUUUGAAGUAUUUCCUUACACGGUGACUAAUGUAUUUUACGAGCAGUACCUGACUAUUGUGCCAGAGGGACUCUUCAACAUCGGCUUGUGUCUGCUGCCGACCUUCGUGGUGUGCUGCCUGCUGCUGGGCUUGGACCUGCGUUCCGGUCUGCUCAACCUGACCACCAUAAUCAUGAUCACCGUGGAUACCGUUGGUGUCAUGACGCUGUGGGGCAUUCAUUACAACGCAGUGGCCCUCAUCAAUCUGGUCACGGCGGUGGGAAUCUCUGUUGAGUUUGUGUCUCAUAUGACAAGAUCUUUUGCACUCAGCACGAAGCCCACACGUGUAGAAAGAGCAAUGGAAGCCACAGCAAACAUGGGCAGUGCGGUGUUUGCUGGUGUUGCUAUGACCAACCUGCCGGGGAUCCUCGUGCUGGCAUUCGCCAAAGCACAACUCAUUCAGAUCUUUUUCUUCCGAUUAAACCUCGUCAUCACGCUUUUGGGGAUGGCUCACGGACUCGUCUUCCUCCCUGUGCUGCUAAGCUACUUUGGUCCUGGUGUGAAUAAAGCUGUGUUGCUGCAGCUCCAGCAGGAAAAAGCUAAGGCCAAACAGGAGCUGGAGCUGAGAAACAGCAUGAGACAAAUGUAUGAUAACAUGAGCUAUGAAAACAAUGAGAUGAAACAGGACUGGGACUCAAAGGCCCCAACAGAAGACCCCAGACCUGCACAAGAGGCGGAACCACAGGAGAGAAUAGACCGUUUCUGAGCACCAGCGGCAAGAACAGUUUUGAAAGCUCUGACGAGAGAAAACCUCCGUAACGGAAGCAGGACGCACGCCGAAGACAACGGAGCUCGCAAACAAAGAGUCACGUAUUUACCUCUGUGUGGAAAUCAUUUACUAGUAUUAGUAUGUACCUCAAUCAGAAAGGGGACGGUGGGACUGGACAACACAAAAACAGUUGUGCAAUAUUUCUGAGCAAUGCAAGAGUGGACAAGAGUCAACAUUUCUGUCACAAUGUGGAACAACUACACAUCCUUCUUCACAAGUAUUUUGACAGGGCAGGAAGUCGACAAAUGUUCUUGAAUAAGUCAGGUUGUUUUUUGUAUUGAAUGUCAUUUGUCUGUUUGUGUAAACACUUCACAUUAGCACUUUUUAAAAGUGAUUCAAAAGGAACACACACUCCACUUUUUAAUUUAAACGUUUGUUCAAUAGCAUUAAAGUGGCAUUGCUGUAAAAUGUGACAAUUUUAAAGGAGUUAUUUUUGGUAAUAGAAAGCCUAAGACUGAAAGAUUGCAUAAUUAAAUAAUGCAUCAUAA